AUGAUCAGAAGAUUAUAUGCAUCAUUAAAAGAUAAAAGAAAUGAUGAGGUUGAAGAUACGAAAGAAUUACAAGAAUUCAGAGCCAGAGAAUUUGGUAUAGGAGAUGUUGAAGGAGGAACUAAUGAUUCUAUGGAAAUAGAUGAAAAGAUUUAUGAUGAGUUACAAUUAUCACCAGUUAAUAGUUUCGAUGGGAUCAUAUUAAGUCCACAAAGUAGUUUAAAUGCCACUAUUUCCAAUAAUAUCUUAUCACCUAUCACUUCAAUAGAAUCAUAUUCUCAACCAACACCUACUAUUUCAAAUACUUUAUCAAAUACUUGUGAUGAAGGUUACAGAUUAAAGAGUUUAACUGAUUUACCUAAUGAAAUAUUACUUAAAAUCAUUGAAAUGGUUUAUUAUGAUUCUAUUUUUGAUGAUGAGUUUGAUUCUAUCAAUAAGAUUUUAGAAAAUUUCAUCAAAAUUCAAUUAUUAAGUAAAUUUUAUCAAAAUUUAAGUUAUAAAUUUUUAUAUAAAUAUGGAAUUUUCAAUAGACCCCAUUCAUUUGCCAAAUUUUUGAAUAAUUUGAAUAGUAAUUUAGUCAAAGGUAAGAAUUUAGGGAAAUAUGUUCAAUUUAUAGACUUUGACUCAUUCACAUCAAUUGGUUUGGGUAGAACAGGGAAAAUGAAUCAAGAAAUUCAAAUGGUAACAUCAAAAACUAUUUUAGAUUGUUUACACAAAACUCCAAAUUUAAUAGAAUUUUUAGCAUCGGAGAAUAUUCAAGAUGAUCUUAAUGUUGAUGUUUUGAAUUAUAUCUUCAAUGAAUUGAAUCAUUUACAAAGUUUAGAUUUCUGUGGUGCUUCAUCUAAAGCAUUUUUCGAUGCUUUUAAUGAAUUAAACAUUAAUAGAAAUUUGAAGAAAUUAUUCAAAAUUUCAUUCCAUGAUUGUUCAAAUUUAUCUAUUGAAGUAUUUAAAAAGAUUUUACCCCAUUUGAUUAAUUUAAGAAGAUUGGAUUUAACUCAUACUUCCAUUACUUCUACUAUUUUAUUAAAUUAUUUACCUUCAACUUGUAAUUUAACCCAUUUAUCAUUAUCCAGAUGUUCCAAAUUAACUACCAGAGAUUUAAUUAAUUUCUUAAUCAAUCAUCCAUCAGUAAAUGAUCACCAAUUACAAUGGCUUAAUUUAUCUAUCGAUUCAAAUGUUAUUAGUCCUUUGACUUCUAAUUAUUUGUUCUUCACCUUAAAUCACAUUAAUGCUGCUAAUUUACAAUAUUUGAAUUUGAAAGGAUAUCCUAUAAAUGAUAAAAUCUUAAACUUGAUCAAUUUGAAAUUCAAAAAUUUGGUUACCUUAUCAAUCGGAUACUCAAAUUUACAAUUUGAUCAAAUUUAUGAAUUUUUACUUAAUGCUGAUAACCUCCUCAAUAUAGAUUUAUCAGGAUGUAAGUUAACCAAAGGAAAUAUUUUGAAUUUAAUCACUUUACCUAAUCUUAUUUCAAUUGAAUUCGAUAACAAGGUUUUGAAAGAUUUAACCAAUAAUGAUGGUCAAUUUAUUAGGAAUUUCGAUGAUCCAGAGAAUAAAAUCAUAUGGAGAUUCUUCGAUAACAAUGGAAGAAGAUCGUGGAUCUAUAAAUUAUUCCCUCAUCAAUUGGAAUAUAAACAGAUUUUACAAUUUGGUAAAAUUCUAAAUCUUAACUUGACUUAUUAUGAUUUGGUCACAGGUGAAAAAAUCAUCAAUAAGUUAAGUAAACCAGUAUUCUUGAAAUAUGUUGGUAAGAAGAUUAAUUGUUCUGUUGGCUUUAAGAACAUGAAUGAUUGUAAGCAUAAAGAGUAUUUGAAUAAUUAUGAAACAGAAAGUGUUUGGCCUACUCGAUUCUGUGAAAGAGGUAUUUAUAAUUAUUAUUCUCUUAAUAUUUAA